AUGAAGAUGCUACAUGGAAACCUUGACAAAAUCCAAUCUGAUCUUUCGGGAAGAAUGGAUGAUAUUGCUAUUGAAGUUAAAAGAAUAGAGGAGGGAAGUUCUAAAACUGCUGAAGCCAUUGAGAAGAAGUUCCAUUGUCUUGAAGAAGAGCAGAAUCAACAUUCAAAGAAGAUAAGAGAAAAUGCUAAGGAGAUUAGCGAUUGCAACAUGAAGAUUAACACUUUGGAGAGCCAUUGCUUCAAUAACACCGAAGCUAUUCUUAACAAGACCUUCGACCUGUGCAACCAUAUGGAGAAGUAUGAAGAAAGAGCUAGGAAAACCGAAACCAAAGUGGAAGAGAUUGGUAAACAAUUUGAUACCUUGGGAGACACUCUAACCGAAGAGUUUACUAGUCUUCUUGUUCCACUACUUGAGUCUAAUAUUGGAGCUAAGCAAGCUGCCAUGGAAACGAGAAUCAAGUCUCUUGUGGAGAAUCUGGAGAGCUCAAUCUCGUACUCUCUAGAUGGGACUAUGAAGAUGCUACAUGGAAACCUUGACAAAAUCCAAUCUGAUCUUUCGGGAAGAAUGGAUGAUAUUGCUAUUGAAGUUAAAAGAAUAGAGGAGGGAAGUUCUAAAACUGCUGAAGCCAUUGAGAAGAAGUUCCAUUGUCUUGAAGAAGAGCAGAAUCAACAUUCAAAGAAGAUAAGAGAAAAUGCUAAGGAGAUUAGCGAUUGCAACAUGAAGAUUAACACUUUGGAGAGCCAUUGCUUCAAUAACACCGAAGCUAUUCUUAACAAGACCUUCGACCUGUGCAACCAUAUGGAGAAGUAUGAAGAAAGAGCUAGGAAAACCGAAACCAAAGUGGAAGAGAUUGGUAAACAAUUUGAUACCUUGGGAGACACUCUAACCGAAGAGUUUACUAGUCUUCUUGUUCCACUACUUGAGUCUAAUAUUGGAGCUAAGCAAGCUGCCAUGGAAACGAGAAUCAAGUCUCUUGUGGAGAAUCUGGAGAGCUCAAUCUCGGCGAACCCUACUCCUCCUCCACAAUAUCUCGACGUGAAAGAAGUUCCCCUAGAAGCUGCAGAACAUAAAAAAAAAAAAUUGAGAGAUAAGCUACAAGUUUCGAUGGAGACCAAGAGUUCUACACCCGAUUUGCAAGAGAUCUCUCAAGGAGAAGAAGUUUCGAUCCUUAUCAAGGAUUGUUUUCCUGUAACAACUCUUGAAGCCUCACCACCACGAAACCUUGAAGGUCUAGGAGAAGAAGAAAUCGCUGAAGAAGAAGAGGAGUAUGAAACCGACUAUGAGGAUGAGUCCAUUGGAGAUGAUGGAUCCGAUUUUUCUAACCCUCAACAAGGAGAACCAGAAGCUGAGCCGGUUGUAGAAGAAGGAAAUGAGCACCAAACCGCCUAG